UCGAGGCACCGACCAGAAGGAAUGAAGACCGGCGAGCUAAAGCUCCGAUUUUUCGAUUUCUCUUCUCCGACCCCCGAUUGAUAGUUCUAGGGUUUGGAUUCUCAGAGGCUCUGGGUCUUGGAUCUGGUGCGAAUUAGGGUUAUAGAUCUCAAAGAUUGCUGCUUUUUCCCUGAACUGAGAGGUUUAUCAGCAUAGGAAAAUCUUUGAUUUGUAUAGGAUUUUGCCAGUCAAUGCUCUUUGCGGCGGCUCUUGGAGACUCUUUGCUGACUUCUGAGAAGCGGAAAGGAUUAGGGUUACGUGAUGUCGGGGGCGGGACUGGAGGAUGUGUUCCUCUCCACUUCUCUUGCUAGCUACCUCGAUAAAAAGCUUCUUGUUUUGUUACGAGAUGGACGGAAGCUUUUGGGGAUUCUUCGAUCUUUCGAUCAAUUUGCAAAUGCUGUUCUUGAAGGUGCCUGUGAGCGAGUAAUUGUAGGAGAUCUCUAUUGUGAUAUCCUUCUAGGUCUCUAUGUGAUCCGUGGGGAGAAUGUUGUCUUAAUUGGGGAACUGGACUUGGAGAAGGAAGAACUUCCUGCUAGAAUGAUUAGUGUCUCAGCAGCAGAAAUUAAAAGGGCACAAAAAGCAGAAAGAGAUGCGACAGACUUGAAAGGCUCUAUGAGGAAGAGGAUGGAGUUCCUUGAUUUGGACUGAUAGAGCUGCCAUUUCUUCACCACUUGCCAAUCACCGCAAAUUUUUAUCGCGGUUCUUCAUCUGGGUGUAUCCUAAGAUUUAAGCCUUUUGUAUUCCUCUUCUUUGUCAAAUUUAUUACCAUGAAGUUCACACACAAAUCGGUAGCCCGAAACUUGUGUUAUUCAGUAUGCUCAUAAAUGUUUACGUCCUUUUUAUUUUGGUGAUUUAUCUAUUGUGUUGAUGGAGAUUCAAGUUGAUUCCCACUGAAGAAAUCAUUGUAUCAUUGUUUAUGUAUGUUGGGAUUGUUUGGUUUUUAUUCUCUGGAAGAGCUUUUCAAUUUAGAGCUCUUUUUCAUAGUGUGGUAUCUUUGUUUAAUAGAAAGCUGCUGCUACUCUUGCAGAUAA